CACACACACACACACACCUGGCAGCCUACAGAGAAGUAGGUCGCGCGAGCCUUUUGGGUGGAGCAGCAGCGUCGCGUGCUGCGGAUUCACUCAGUAGGUCGUUAACUAGUGUGCGCGCGAUUCGGUUGCAGAUGCAGGUCGCUGCGUGUAAGCCCGAGCAGGGGGGAAAUGGCGAACAGGCGCGGGCGGCGGCGGCGGUGAGGACACAGUAGACACCGGCGGCCACGGAGACAGCUUGAGGACUGACACAAGACGGACAGGAGCCAUGGAGGACUCGGAGCCCGCAGAGGACGGCUUGCUCGCGGGCUUGCGGUGGAACCGGAGCGCCCGGGACCAGGCUCAGCUCAAACACAAAAUACGGGAUCUGCCGGGGCUGCUGAAGCACGGGCUGCACCUGCGGAAGAAGAGCCAAUCACCUGACACUAUUCCUGGGCCGAGUACGGGACCUAUAGUACACAAGUCUUGCUCCCAGAGUUUUCCAUGCGCUGGUCGCGCUGUGAGGAACGGCUUCCUCUCUCAUGGACCUUACCCUGCUAAAGACAAGAUACACCUGGCCAGAAUCAUAAGGCGUAGCUAUGUGGGCGUGGAGCUGGUGCAGUGGCUGUGCGACCAGUGUGUGUAUGUGCGCUGUCGGACGACCGCUGUGCGUGUCUGGCAGGUUCUGCUGGAGCUGGGAGUCCUGCUGUCGGUCGACCAGCGGGUGGUGUUUUCGGACUCAAACACAUACUACCAGUUCAGCUUUGAGGAGUGCGACUCGGCUUCCUGCGAGUUUCGCUCCAAUGAGUCGGAGUGGUCAGAGGCUGUUAGGCUCCUCCUACAACUCGCCCCAUAUGUUCAGUUUCGCUCUGGAGGUGGAGCUAAUAGCCCGUCAGAGGAGGACUCUGAAGGCAACAGGGACAUCUGCAGUGAGAUUCUGCAGAUGAAGGCUCUCGAGAGGCUCACGUCUACGGUACAAAGUGAAUUGGCGGCUGCUCUCGCCCGAAAGACACGCAAAGCUUUAUCAGAGCAGGACUCUGAGGCAACAGAAACAAGCCGACAGGAGCCUCGCACACCCAGUGAGGAGAGCAGCCCGCUGGGCGGGGUGUGUGCAUUGCGGGACGGCGGCGGCAGAGGAGGAGGAGGAGGAACGGGGACUGGACGCGGCCACGAGGACCUGACCAGUCGGCUGGGACUGGAGGCUGUUCAGCGCCUGGCCAAGGACGGCUGCCGGCUGCUGCAGAACCACAACUACCGGCUGCCUGACAGGAACCAGGCCGAGGCAGUGGGAAGAGUUUGCCUGAAGGAGAGAGGUCGGGACGUGUUGGUGUUGCGAAGAGUGACGUCGUCAGUCACGUCGCCAUCGGACCGUCCCUCACCCACACCCACGUCGGUGGGCGGGUCCAGAGAGGAGGACUGCAACAAGAGGUAUGUGGUGGUGUCGGGGACGCCACUCAAAAUCCUGGAGCACCUCCUCAGCGAUCUGCGGCUGGACGACCAGAGAGGGGUGCCAGAGAGCAGGGAGAGCGAAAUGUUACUGGAUGACUUCCUGUUGACCUACCUGGUGUUCAUGUCCACCAGUGACCUAUGUCAGGCCCUUUUGGGACACUAUAGCAGCACCCGCUGCAGGGGUCAGGAGGAAGUCAAGGACGCCCUCUUCAGGAAACGCAAGGUGCUGCAUCUGGUGUCCCACUGGAGCAGGCUUUACAAGGACUUCCUCAAGGAAGAGGAGCACGUCAGGAGUUUUAUGAAGACGCUGUACAGGUGUGUUUUGGAAGAUUUGUACGAGUUCCCCACACUGGAGAAAGAUCUGAAGGAGUUCCAGAAACUUCUGCGUCGGAGACACACUGUGGAUGACUGCCCUCCAAACCAAAGGAGUAAACAAAUGUAUCAGCAGCUGAGUCUGAAGGAAAACAGUCUGCACCCACGAAGUCCACAGGCAGACACGAGAGAUGUCAUUUGCUGCGUGUACGUGAGCACUGACUCCUACCUGAGUGUCCACACGCACCCGUCACUGGAGGCCCAUGAGAUGCUGAGGAUUGUGGGUGUGAAGACGGACAGAGCGGAAGAGGACAUGGUGCUUGCUGUUGUUACAAACACUGGAGUUGUCUCUGCUGAGCGGAGGAUGUUACAGCCCAGUGACUGUGUGUAUUCAGAGUCCCUGACCCCGCAGGGAAAGCUCGUGGCCUGUCGCAGGGAUCUCACUGAGAUCUUGCCUCCUUUAACGGACAGUGCUGAGCUAAGCAGGAGGCCGGUGCGACUCUUGGGCAUCAACACCUGGGACGUGGCUGCGGCUCUAACACACCUGGACUGGAGCCUCUUCAAAUCCAUCCAUGAGCAGGAGCUGGUGUACUACACACUCAGCCGGGCUCCUGGCAGCGGCCACACACCAGCGCUCUCCGUCCUUCUCCAGCGCUGCAACGAGGUCCAACAGUGGGUCAUGUCCGAGGUGCUCAUGUGCGUCUCCCUAAACAAGAGGGUGCAGCUGCUCAAGAAGUUCAUCAAGAUUGCUGCGCAUUGUAAAGCCCAAAGGAAUCUGAACUCUGCGUUUGCCAUCAUCAUGGGUCUCAACACAGCAGCGGUCAGCCGACUCAACCAAACCUGGGAGAAAUGUCCGGGCAAGUUUAAGAAGCUUUUUACAGAGCUGGAGCUCAUCACGGAUCCGUCUCUGAACCACAAAGCCUACAGGGAAGCCUUCAAGAGGAUGAAACCUCCUAAGAUCCCUUUCAUGCCUCUUUUGCUGAAAGAUAUCACCUUUAUCCACGAGGGAAAUAAGACCUUCCAUGACAACCUGGUCAACUUUGAGAAGCUGCACAUGAUCGCAGACACGGUGAGAAUGAUCCGGCACUGCCAAAGUGACCAACCAGGCAACGAGGUCAUCGGGGUCGACAGUGCCGAGGUGAGAGCCAGUGUUAACUACCUGCACAUUAUCGACAAUCAGCAGACUCUUUUUGAGCUGUCACACAAACUGGAGCCGCGUGCUUAAACACACUGGACACACAAAAUUGAGUCCCGUCUGUGUGUGACACGACGAUACAAUGUCACACACUCGCACACACACACGCACACACACACACUGCAGCAAACUACCAACGUGGGGGUGCCAAGUGGACACUAAUAUGUUCUGACAAAGACACGGAGCAGCACUCCAUCUAUGACGGUGAACACGUGCUUUAUUAAGGAUUUACGAACGUCUCCCAGAAAAGAUUCCGCGCGGCGAGGCGGAGAUUUGCCAAACGGAGCCCGGCGGUAAAGGAGGGCUGUAAUUCAUUUGUACAGUAUCUAUUGGACUGGAUGUGUUUUUGUUCUUGUGAUGAGCUUUCGGUUAUUUAUGAACCUGUUCAGCAGGUGGAACGUUCCUUUCAUUUCUGUCAAAGAGUCUCGUUGGUCACCAAGGCCUUCGUCAUCAUUUCAGACACACACAAACUUCAUUUUUGCCCACGUAUGGCGAAGCAUCUGCCUCGUGCUGCAUAGACCUGCAGGAUACAUGCUGUCGUUGUGUAAAUGUGUGACGUGGAGCUUUUUUUUUUGUUUGCUUGUUUUUCUGUAGCAUAUUAUUUAAUACAAGCAGCAGCCAGUGCAACACUUUGUAAAAAAAAAAAAAAACAUUUCACAGAGUCCUGGUUGACUUUUAGCCAAACACUUCUCAUGCACUAUAUGAUAUUUUUUGUGAAUAGAUAUGAAUUAUUUGACAUAGUAAAAGAAAUAUGGACCUAUACAUUAUUCAGUGCCAAAUGUCACAUUGAGUCCUGCAGCACAGAUGUACUGUCUUUUCUAUCACACUUUUAUUUUAAUGAGUCCUGGAAUGGCGUGUGGAACUGACUCCCCCCACGCAGCGAUGCUCUCUGAUAUCAUGAUGACUGAUUUCCUCGCGCGGGUGUGAGGAGUUUUCCACUCAUUCUGGGUUGCUGCGGAAGUACAGAAAUAUUCCUUUACCUGACAAGUCAAACCACUGCGCCAUGAGAGGAAAAAAAGAAUCAUAAUCAUGAGGAAAUUUAAGCUGGCUGAAAAGAUCAUUGACGGGUGAUCGUGUGUGAACUGUCUGUGGAAACUAACACAGGGUGUGGACAUGAUAAAAGAAGCACAAGUGCAAAGACCUCUCCCUUUGAAUAUUCAUAAGUGUAAUUGUAAAAGUUAAGGACCCCUUCUGUAUCCAACCACUUUUCUGGUGACACACCACUCUUCAUUCAAACCCCUGAGUAAUCGGCUUCUCUCCCUCCCGUUUCUCACAAGUACAAGCAGCAGACCUCCGAUGUGUUUGUGUUAGUUUGUCCUCGCCCCGUAUUUGUCCAUGCAGUCACUCCAGUGGUGCAUUUCUGCCGAGUAGGAGGAGCCGUCCAACAGUGAGACUCCUAAAUGUUCCGUAUGUAGUGAUGCAUGUCUCGCAUUGUUUAGAUAGCUGUAAACGCAUGGGUUUAACGUGCAAUACCGAAGAUGUUUUGUUGCCACGGGUUUUUCCGUCGUCAUCAUCAUCAUCAUCAUCACCGUCAUUUCAACACAAAGCCUUACAGAACACAGAGCUGCUGCUUUCUCCUGCAGACCAUAAUGACUGGGAAGCUUUAGUGUAGAAUCUGUAACGGUCUCGGUGCCAAAAGCACAUUUGUUCUCAAGACAGAAUUUGAAGGUGAUGUCAAGGUGAAGAAAACCCUACAUAAAUUAUUUGAAUUGCGUGUUAUAAAGUACUGUAGUAAUUGUGUAUUAAAAACCUUUACCUGCUGUUUUCACUAGUCCUUCCUGCAAACGUGUGAUAACUCAAUGGGAAGGCAGUUAAAGUCAAACUCAAAGCCAUUAUGGUUAUUUCCAAAAUUUCUAAAAUUGCUGUCCAGGAAAUUUCGCUUGACCUUAAAUAUCCAAGUUUUGCAGUCGUAAAUGUCCACAAAUGGGACAUAACUAAGCUAUAAAAGGAUUAGAAUAUGUGGACUUAAACAAUAAAAACAGCAAACUGAAUUAUUAUUUGUUUUGUUUUAUUAGUGACAAGCAGUAGUCCAUUUGUGUUUUCUGGAAAGUCUAUAUAUAUAUUUUUUUUUGUUAUCCGUGCGUGAAACCCUGUUUUAUUCUUCUCUUUAAUGUUUAAAGAUGCUUUUGUGAAACCAGGUCAGUGAUUCUGUGACUGAGAACUGAAAAACCAGAGCCGUGGUCUGUCCAUAUUCAGUGUCAUUUAUAUGAUUAACCUGUACAUGACACACACACACACACACAAACACACACACACGUGUGUGCAGUCACUCCUCUGCUCAACUUUUCCAAAGAGCAGAGUUAUCGUGCUGUAUUAGUUAUUUAUUGUAAUACUGUUGUUUAUUUAUCUAUCUCAGAGUUGACUUAACGUCUUGGUUUUUGUUUUUGUGCCUGGGGCUGAACAACCAUGUAAAGGUGUUUUCUUUGUUGUUUUUUUUUUAUUGAAGCUGCACUGCUGGAAUGUACACGUACUUGUUUCUGUUUUGUGGCCACUAGAGGGCAGCAGGUGACACUUGAUUCUUCCCUCUGAUGUCACAUAUUAGCACCAUAGGAGGCUGUAGUUAAGUGUUUUAUCAGCCAUUGUCAUAACUGUGUGGAGAUGUUAUUUUUAAAUGACGAUUUGAACUUCUGCUUGCAUGUUUAUACAAACAACAAAAAAACAAAGUACACAACGCAAGACAGGACACACUGAAGGCUUUGUACGACUGUAAUAAUGUUGAUGUGUAAAUAUAUGCCUUAUGUUGGUAAUGUUGUUAUUAUUUAUCUAUUGUAAAUGAAAAAAAAAACAACACAAAAAAAACCUGUCAACCACAAAGCAAUACAUCUCCCCUCGUGUCCCCUCAACCUUCAGAUAGCUGAAGCUACACGUCUUUUCUAAAGCUGCGUUUUACUAUGUGAAACUUUUACUGCAAAAGAAUAAAUUGUAGGUUUUAUGUGACGUA